CGCCUCUCUGCACCCGCCGCCUGCUGGCCGCCUUCGAGUUCCACCAGCCACCAAAUCAGCCGAGAGGAGCAAGUCGCCGAGAAGAGGAGGAGAUGGCCCGUACGAAGCAGACCGCCCGCAAGUCCACCGGAGGGAAGGCCCCCCGCAAGCAGCUCGCCACCAAGGCGGCUAGGAAGUCGGCGCCGACGACCGGCGGCGUGAAGAAGCCCCACCGCUACAGGCCCGGGACGGUCGCCCUCCGCGAGAUCCGCAAGUACCAGAAGAGCACGGAGCUCCUGAUCCGCAAGCUCCCCUUCCAGCGCCUGGUCCGCGAGAUCGCGCAGGACUUCAAGACGGACCUCCGGUUCCAGAGCCACGCCGUGCUCGCGCUCCAGGAGGCCGCCGAGGCCUACCUCGUCGGGCUCUUCGAGGACACCAACCUCUGCGCCAUCCAUGCCAAGCGCGUCACCAUCAUGCCCAAGGACAUCCAGCUCGCCCGCCGUAUCCGCGGCGAGCGCGCGUAAGCAGCCCCCGCCGCCGCCGCCGUGGCAGUAGGGGAGAGGGAGGAGGUCAAGGUGGAAUCGGCUUGUUGAUCUUCCUCCGCCGCUCCUAGCGGAUCUGGAUUAGCUGUACUAGUCGUCGGUCUCGGUUUGGUUAGUGUAAAAACAGGUUUACAAGUUAUUUUGUGCUCCGCUGCUAUUUUGGCUUUUGCUUCGCGAUGAAGCGAGCUUGUUAAAGACUAGAUUCGUGCUGUUACUAGAAGUAAAGUCACAUUGUUCUUAACC